CAGUCGAACUCAGAAUGAUUGAUGAGUAUUUUUGAAAAAAGCAGCGCGAUCGUUGUUGUGUUUUCUGAAGUUGUUACUGUCGAGAUGAUUUCAUCGUUUCACGCACAAUCCAGUUUCAAUGAAAGAAAAACAACCGGUUCCCGGGCUGAAGUCUCAGAUAUGUCGACAAGGAAACUGGCGAAGCAGCUGGGGCUGUUGAGGCAGAGGAGUCAGUCUUCCUCUGGGACGAAGAAAGCUCUGUUAUCAAAUCAGACGUUCUCAUACCUGAUAGUGAUCGACUUUGAGUCCACUUGCUGGAGAGAGAAAAGCAGCUACAGUCCGGAAGUUAUUGAGUUUCCUGCUGUUCUGCUGAACACUUCCUCGGGGGACGUGGAGUCUGAGUUUCACACGUAUGUUCAACCCCAGGAGCACCCGACCCUGUCCGAGUUCUGCACUGAGCUGACCGGGAUCACACAGAUACAAGUUGAAGCAGGGAUUCCACUGCGGAUCUGUCUUUCUCGGUUCUGCCGCUGGCUGCAAACCCUGCAGCUCGAGAAGGGUGUGGUGUUUCCCAACAAACAACAGAAUGUUUCUCCUCCUCCACCUUCUCCAAAACUGUGUACUUUCCUCACGUGGUCAGACUGGGAUCUGGGAGUUUGUUUGCAGUACGAGUGCAAACGAAAGCAGCUGCAUAAACCUGAUGUGCUCAACAGCUGGAUCGAUCUGAGAAGCACAUACAGACUCUUUUACGACAGGAAACCCAAAGGCCUGAAUGGGGCACUUCAAGAUCUCGGAAUACAGUUUGCAGGAAGAGAACAUUCAGGUUUGGAUGAUUCACGAAAUACAGCUCAGCUGGCAGCGAGGAUGAUGAGGGAUGGGUGUGUGAUGAAGAUCACUAGAAGCCUUGAGAGGACGCCGUCAACGGUCAAACCUGUGUUUGGAAAAGUAACAACAGACAAGAAGAAAGAAAAACCCAACACAAAUAACAUGGAAAACACACUUACCACAAACAAAUCCUCAUCGUCUAAGAUUCCUCUGAUAUCAUCUCAAAUAAAAACGUGUUCAGAGAAGAAUACGGUGAAAUCAGACACGAUGGAAAAUGCAAGUUCAGUUCAAGAAUCUGUCCAAAGCCUGAUCUCACCCAAGACCCUUCUGAAUGGUACAAACACACCACUGUGGGGAUGCGGCAGGAGGUCGGUCACCUCGGGCGCUGUAGCUGAUCGUUCUUCUUCAGUCACGAUAAACAUGUCCUCGCCGCACAGUAACGGCAACAACACCCUUCUCCUGUGCUCUACUACUCUGGGCUGCCUGUCUGACCUACCUCACACAGACCUUCUUUUAAAAAGCGGAGGAGCUGUGGCCCCUGUGGAGGACGAGGAAGGUGGAGAGCUCUCAGUGGAAACGGAGGAGAGGUGGGGUUCAUAUGACGAUGUGGUGUUUGAGGGGGAUGAUGAAACUGAUGGAGAACGUGUCUCCGAUUUUGAUAGUGGAUGUUAUGAGUGGGAAGAAUCUGAGAAUACAUCAGAUUUAACAGAGGGUCAGGUCACGUCAAGGGACAAUACAAGUGCUGAAAACUCCUCGAGAACAACUCACUCAUCCACAACGUUUGUUUCUGCAAAGAACACGAGAGUGGAUCAGUUAAACAUGACGAGGCAGCACUCAGUGAUCUCAGGGCCAGAUACAUGUUUUGCUGUGCCGGAGACGGUUAGUUGGUUUUCCAAAAACAAAUUGGCUCAACUCAACUCUGUACUGUUCCAAAAGAGUUCGGACAAAGUCCCAAACAAAACAAACACACCGUCUUUACUCAGGCACAAAGCUCUCAUCCCAGGAAAGACCUCCACACCUAACGCCUCAUUUGUCAAACCGAAACAAGUCAUCAUGCAAAACAGAAAUCACAAAACACCCAGGACCUCUUUCACCAUCUUCACUGACUUGGUGCAACAGGCUGCAGCAUCACAUCCUUCCUCCUGUAGCUCACUGUUCACCCCCAAAAACGUCCUCGGCUCUUUAUCAGCCAACACAAGCUCAUCAUCUACCAACCGCUCCUCCAUGUCCCUGACACUUAAAAAAGGACAGCAGAUCACAUCUCCACUGUGUGGGUGUGGCCGCCGCGCCAAGCGGCAGCUCGUGUCCAACGGGGGUCCAAACCACGGCCGAGGGUUUUACUGCUGUCCGGUCCGCCGCUCGGGCAGCGGGGGCCGGGUCCAGAAGGGAUGUGAGUUCUUCAAAUGGGAGUCGUCUCUGAUGAACAGGAGUUCAGUGGCCUCUCCUGCUGCCAGGGCCUCCAUUUCAAUCUGCUCCACUCUGAACCGUCAACCACAGCAGAGCACAACCAUAAGAAAAAGCUAUUAAUGUGUUGGAGAAACAGCCGCACCUGCUCCAUCAUACCAGUAAUACUGGCACAUUUUAUAUAUAAUAUAUAACUAUCCAUUCGCACAGAGAUGGUACCUGAAUAACUAGUUUCUGUGUCACCUCUUUAACUUCCUCACAAAACCUCUUACAGAUACAGUAGCAUUGGAGAUAAUGGACAUAAUAUAUAUUACACUAAAGCCUCAGAUGAAGAUUUUUUUAGGGCCGUUGCCAUCGCUGCUAUUAUGGAGUAAAAAAGUUCUGAUGCCGAUGUAUUGAUCUAUUAUAUAUUAAUUGAUGAUUAAUUAAAUCAUGAAAAUGAUUCCUAAGAUGUACCUAGAGCUUGAAUUAAGAAAAUGUACUUUUUAUACGCACAUGAAUGCACAUCCUUUAUGCAAAGUUUAUUCUGUAAAAAUGUUCAAUGAAAAACAGUACAGGAGUCCUAUCAAUGCCUUUUUCUAAUUUAUUGCUUUAAAUGCUAACGUAAGUGAUUCCUAUUUUGAGUAUUGAUCAUCAUGUCACAAAUAUCAAUGCAAAAUAAACAAAUUGGUUGUUUUUAUGUUCUGAGUUGUAAAUUGAGUUGGUUUAAUUGUUUUGCUUUCAUACUUUUUAAUACAUGCAUUUGUAUUUUGUAUCUAUCAUGUAUGAAUGGACAAUAAAUUGUGUUAAUGUAAUUUCACAUGAAGAUGAAGUUAAAUGUUUGAUAGUGUUUAUGCCUGAUGAAAUAAAUAAAAACAAUACCUUUUCA